AUGCCUCAGGCAGUCUGGGAUGAUGAGCGGCACAAGAAGCUCUUGCUUGCCAUUAUGGCCAACCAACCCAAGCUCGACUACGAGGCUGUCUCUAAGAGCAUGGAUGAUGGCACAAAAGCUGCAUCAAUUCGUGAGCAUAUCCGCCAGUUGAAGAUGCGCGUGUCUUCCACCAACAGUACCCCCAACGCCUCGCCCGCCAAGAAGGAAAAGGGCCCCAAAGCAAAGCGGGCCAAUUCAAAGGCCACCCAAGCUGAACGUCCCUCUAAGACCCGACGCCUUACCAUAACUGAUCCUCUUGAGUUUGACCGGGGAUAUGCGACUGAUCAAAUGGAGACUAACAACUCUGAGGCUGAAUCUCCAAGAAAGGACUUGAAAGUCAAGGACGAGCCUCUGGACGAUGCCACUCUCCCCAAGAGCAAGAUGCAGUAUCAGGAUGAGGCUGGUCUCGCGACUGAGGCCGAUGACAAGAUGUCAUGCGACCUCUGA